GAAUUCAAGCUCAAUUUAAUAAUGACACACAGCGUUGUUGUUUACACCUUAACGUUGACGUUUUGUGUAUUGCUGCUGGGGCUGGAAUACGUGGCGGCAUUGGAGAAUGGAUUGGCGCGCACGCCGCCAAUGGGUUGGAUGCCGUUCGAGCGCUUUCGCUGUCUCACCGACUGUGCGCAGUUCCCGCGAGAUUGCAUCAGCGAGCGGUUGUUCAAGCGCACUGCAGACCUCUUGGUGUCCGAGGGAUACGCCGCACUUGGCUACAAGUAUUUAAUUAUUGAUGAUUGCUGGACAGAGGAGCGACGUGAUAAUCAAACGGGCAAGCUGCUGGCGCAUCGCGAACGUUUUCCCAGCGGCCUUCACGCACUCGCCAGCUAUAUACACGCACGUGGUUUGAAGUUUGGCCUUUAUCAUGAUAUCGGCACCGAAACCUGCAUGUUCCAUGGUCCAGGUGCGCAAGGACACUUUCAGCUGGAUGCGGAUACAUUUGCCGAUUGGCAAGUGGACUAUGUUAAGCUGGAUGGCUGCUAUGCAGACGAAUUAAAUCUGGACAAGGCAUAUCCAUAUUUCGGGCAAGCAUUGAACAGUACAGGACGCAGCAUGGUCUACUCCUGCAGCUGGCCGUUCUAUCAAGAGAAACCCAACUACUCGCUUAUCGCUAAACACUGCAAUCUAUGGCGCUUCUCGCAGGAUGUGCGCGACUCUUAUCAUUCAAUAACAUACAUAAUGGAUCAUUAUCGCCACAGGCAGCACAUAUUGCAGAAACAUGCAGGUCCUGGACACUGGAACGAUCCCGAUAUGCUGGUGCUGGGCAACUUUAGACUGAGCUACGAUGCAAGUCGCUUGCAAAUUGCUAUUUGGGCAGUGCUGGCAGCGCCGCUUAUAAUGACCAACGAUCUGGAAACAGUGCGGCCAGAGAUCAAAGCUUUGCUGCAGAAUCGUGACAUUAUAGCUGUGAAUCAGGAUGAGCUGGGCAUUGCAGGAGGCUGCGUAGCUACACCAGAAAACAUGGAGGUCUGGUUACGUCCCAUUGCGCCGAUCAACAAUGCAGGCAAACAUUCUUAUGCAAUUGCUAUUGUCAAUCGCGGCGGCUUGCACGAAUGUCCUUUAUGUCCGCAAAUAUUUGAAUUUACUUUGAGCCAAUUGAAUUUAAGCAAUACCAUGGGCUAUAGUGUAACUAAUUUAUUCAACCGCAACGAUGAUUUGGGUUUGUUUAUGCCAAGCGAUAAGUUUAGCACACGCAUUAAUCCUGAAGGUGUGACAUUUUACAAAUUCAAAUCAAUGGACUGGUAUUAGUCAAACAAAAUAAAUUUACAAUUUUCAUAGCACGAUUGAAUUUAGACCAUGGCAGCCUUAACACUUCUUUUGCCAAUUGGGAAAUUUUCUCUUUGCUGUCGAGCAAAAGAGAGCGCGCCAACUGUUUCAGUGUGAGUGGCAUGUAAACAUGACAUUUGCUUAUUUAUUCUCAUGUAGUAUAGUUAGCCCAAAGGUUUAGUAAAA